AAGAGAUUGCAAAACUACGUCGUUUUGCUUGAAGGCUGAAAAAAUAAAAAGGGGGGCUAGGGUUCAGAUGAAUGCAAGUCCCUCACUUUCACGGUUCUUCUUUUUGCCGUGAGGCACUCUCCCAAAGUUCCCAAAUUCUUUUGAUUUAUCUACAAAUCCACUUGAAGUUUAGAUAGAUCACAACAACACAAGAAGAGAUUUUCGGAUUUGAAGCCCUUAUCAAGAGUCGCAGAAGAAGUUUUCGAAGUCGAUUCAAAUUGGGAGUCCUGAUAUUUUAAAGGUAUGAAUCUAGCCUUAAAAGAGGGAAGAUGUGUAAAGAACUAGAUUAGUGUUAGAAUUCCAAAUUCUAAUAAGGCUAGAUUAUUAUCUGUAAUUUUAGAGAUUGGGAUAAGAACUUAGAAUUAGAAAAGGUUUUGAACUCUCUCUGUUUCUGUAUAAAAAGGGGAAGCCUUCGGCUUCUAGAGGAGAAAAAAAGAUUGGGGGAAGGAAGAGAGAUCCGAGAGUUGAGAGGGAGAAAGGGAGCGAAUCGAAAAAAAAGAAAAAGGAGAAGAUGCCGAGAGAAAGCAAAGAAGAAAAGUAGAACAGAGGUGAAGUAGCUGCAGGGGUUAGCGAAGAGGAAGCUUGUAUUUAGGAUUUCACAAAACAAUAAAGCAUUAAAUUUUGCAACUCCUUACAGGUGUGAAAUUUAUUUUAUUUUACUACUUUUUUUUCCCCUUUUACAUAUUCUGCAGCAUGGGUAAUCUUGUGUGAUUCAAGUAUCUCUUCUAUUAUUCGUUCUGGAAAUCGGAUGUGGUGAAAAUUUUGUUGCAAUGAAUCUUUUAUUUGAUGUAUUAUUCUUUUGUGGAAUUAACUUGUAUGAAUUAAUUAGGUGUUUGAGGGAUAAGACAAAGAUUUAGGAUGAAAUUUGUUUUUAUGAUUACAUGUUGGAAACCUCAAAUGAUGUGCAGAAUUGGGGAAAAGAAAUUUAUUUUAGGGAAUAGGAAAGGGGGGGAUUUAGGCAUUAGAAAAAGGAACAGAAACGAAUAAAAAAAAAGGAAGCAGAAGUAAAAAAAAGAAAGCAAGCAGAAACGGUAAAAAAACAGAAACGGAAAAAAAACAGAAAUGGAAAAAAGAAGAAGAGAAAGCAAAAACAAAAAUAAAGAAAAGAAAAGAAAUGGAGAAUAAAAAA